AAAGAGGCGUACUUAAUUACACCGCGGGAAAUAUGGCCGUAUUAGCAUUUGUGCUUAUUUUCGCCAUUGCCACCGCCACCGCCACCGCCACCGCCUCUCCCGCCUACACCUCCACCACCGACCCCAAAGAGUUGGCCGCUGCCGCCGCUGCCGCUCGGGCACUGGUCAACGCCAGUUCUUGGGGCGUUGUGAGUAGCAUAAACUACCUAGAGAAGAGCAGCCCAUUCGGGAAUGCGCUGUCAUACAGCGACGGGGGCUCAGGGACCCCCUAUUUCUAUCUCACCCUGCUGGAUAUGGCCACGGCCAAUUUCAGCAGGGCAGACGCCCGGAGCUCCCUCAGCCUGAGCGAGUACGCACUUGGCACGUGCGGUACUCUUGACCCCCAGGAGCCCACUUGCGUGAAAGUCACGCUUUCCGGGGUCCUUAAGAAGCUGGAUCAGGAAUCCGAAGAGGGCAAAUUUGCUAACGCCACACUCUUCGAGAGGCACCCCCGUUUCAAAUUUCUUCCCCCAGUUGCUAAGUUCCAGUUGUACAAACUGGAAAUUAAAUCGGUUUUUGUAUUAAAUGGUUAUGGGGAACCCAAAUUCCCCAGUGUAAAAAUGUACCGUAAAAUAAAAUUAGUUGAAUGAUAUCUCUUUU